AGACGGGGAGAUUUUUUUUUUUUUGCAUCCUUUUAGAUGUUUUGUUCCUGGUAUUGUAGAAGAGCUGAAAGCCUGUGCUGAGAACUGAAGAAAUGUAUCAAAUAUACAUUGGAUUUUGUGUGUUUUUGUCCCUUUUCGAUGGGGGCUUUGCAGAAAAGGUCUACCAAGAAGGAAAGGAGGCAACAGUCAACUGUGACACCAAACUGCCCGGCGUCAUUACUUUCUGGUUUAAGAUAAACAGAAGUGGUGCAAAGUAUUUGUUCACUGUUAAAGGCACAGACAUAAGGAGUGAUGUUGAGGAUAAGGAAAAAUACAAAGUGAAUAAUAAUGGCAAAGUUAGUUUGACUAUUCGGUCUUUCAAGAAAAAGUCAGACAGCGGUUUGUACUCCUGUGCAUCCAUGAACAACAAUCAACUCAGCUUUGGAGAGCUGACAGAAAUGAAAGGAGAACCAGAUCCGACGACACCACCUCCGAAAAUUGAUCCCAAACCAAAAAUUACAACACCAGCAACUACGACGAAAUCCAAUUGUAACUGUCCAUCCAAAGACCAGAGGCUCAGCAUCAACUGUGAGACUUGGAUAUUGUCGUCUUUGGCCUCUGGUUGCGGUGUUCUCCUCAUUCUGCUGAUCUUCACAAUUUUGUACUGCAACCGUUUAAGAACAAGACGAUGUCCCCACCAUUACAAAAGACAACCCAGACCUGCUGGCCACGCAAAAUUGCCCAACAAUCACUUCUAACUCCAGUACAGACUCAGGAAAUCCAGCGCUGCUUAAAGAUGUCUUUGCGUGAAGUUCCUCUCACCGUGCAAAGUUAAAAGCAGUUGCUUCUUUCACGAUUAUUCAGACCGUGCAACCUUAAAUCUGCGUCUUUCGCACAGAAAAUAUUCAAAACAUAACUAUUUCUUUUCCAGAACGUUUUUUUUUUCCAAACAGCCAAUGUGUCUUAGUAUUGAUUACAGUUACAUUUAUUACAUUGACAAUAAUCAUAAUGUGUUUUUCAUGUUAAUCUGAUCCUGGUGAAAUGUUUUGUUUUGCUUCAAUGUAGACUUAUUAAAUGGGCCUUAUUAAAGCAUUUUAAGCUUAAAAAUCA